GUCCGAUUUCUUCCAGACUCAACAUCCAGACACUCUCCCAGCUACCAAUCUGACGUCAAGGCGUCUCACUGACAUUCAAGACCCUGGAGAGCCGGUGCUGCAUGUCCCACUUCAAAGCCAAAGUGAACAAUUGUGGGUGGGAGGCCCACUGGGCCCCCACAGCCGAAUACGACAGAUGAAAAUUGCCUAAUCCAGGCUAGCGUCUGAGAGGGCAAAUGCCUCACGUGAGACCUUUGUCAACGACAUAUGGAACAGAACAAUCCUUUGAUCAGCAUGAUCGCUCGCGACAUGAGUACAGGGAAAAUACAUGAGUUACAGCUUGAGAUUCAAUACUGUUUCCUUCUAACCGCCAUCAAAGACCCUGCCUACUUUGUCGGAACACACUCGUGCCUGUUCUCUGGCUCUUGUUCUUGGGCCAGGUUCUCGCGGUGAUGACAGCACCGCGAAGCAGAAUUGAUGGCUGCUGUGAUCAAAUUCCGCCUAAACAAGUUGUCAUCAUCUGAACAACCUAUCUCCAAGCAUACUCGAAAACCUCACAAGAAGUCACGGAAUGGAUGCGGAUCGUGCAAGGAGCGAAGGCUAAAAUGCGACGAACAACGUCCUAUCUGCGGACGUUGCAAGGCCAUUCAGAGUCUCUGUGUCUACGCUCAGUCUGCUGAGGGCCACGAUGCAAAGUCGGAAGGCGUUAUUUCGCUGAGUCAGUCCAGUCCCUCCACAGAGUCAAUCCUCAAAGGAUCUCACCUGGCUAUGGUUCAACAUGAAGUACAACUCGAUGGGCUUUUGAGAUACUCUGGCGACGAAGACUCGAUGAGAAGCAAUCUGCUACUACAACGGAUGACACCAUACUUACGUGUCUUUCAUCACUACGUCAAUUUCACCUUAAACUCCCUAGCGGGACCCGUUUCACAGAAGUCCAUGAUUAGAACGCUCUACCUCCCGCUUGCGCUCCAGAAUUCAUCCUUGAUGCACGCGCUUCUCGCCAUUUCGGCCCAACACAUGGCACACUUGCAACCGAAUAUGGCAAGUCACCAGAUCGCCAGGACGCAUCACAUGCACCGAGCGACGACUUUGCUCCAGCAACAACUUGCUAGACCUCUGGGCCAGCACAACAUGGAUUUGAUUAUUUCCAAUUGCCUCUCUUUGAAUAUGAACCUCAUCCAGUAUGACCGAUUCGAUCCAUUAGACUCUUUUGUCCUAGCCGAAGACGAGGCCGUUCGGGCUAGGAAGCUGCAAUGGGUAGAGAUGCAGGCGUCAGCGGCGCAAAUAUGCAACGUCUUCUCGGACCAUCUGCACGAGAGCAUGUGGGCACCGGCUUUUGCAGAGUCAGGUCCUGAGGCAUACCAUCCCAAGACGCUUCGAGAGCUCAAGAAAGAAGGUCACGAAGGCAUCCCCCACCCACUAGCCCAAUUGUGUGAGAUUGGUCCGGAUUCGUCAUCUCGCAACAACGUCUACCACAUGGCGCUGCGACACGUCAGCCUGAUCUUCACCACCGGCGCUAGCACUAGCAUCGGAACAUCGACCAUCGACACCUUCAACCUGAUCAUCGUGUUCAUGGCACAACUACAGCCAGCAUUCCGUGCUCUUCUGGGCCGCCGAGACGAGCGUGCCUUGCUCAUCUUCGUCUACUGGCUGACCGCCCUGUAUCACAUGGACAUCUGGUGGACCACUGGACGCGCUCUCAACGAAGGCCACGCCAUAUGUAUGUUUCUUGAAAACACCACCUCCCCCGCCAUUCGAACUCUUCUGCAAUACCCUGCCACCCAGCUGGGUUACCGAUUCUCUUCUUCUAUCACCGAAUCCUCUUCUCCGUUCGAGUCCGCUGAUGCCCUUUCUCGGGACCAACCAAGCCCUGAAGAUGAGCUGGUAGCUCUGAGCACGGAGUCGCUGAUUUGAUGACGAGACACCUAAAUCAACUUAACAAUAGAGUCGAAUAGUGACCGGAUCAUUUUUGAUAUUCCUCUUCGCCUUGAUGGCCUCCUCCGCUCACAUUGUACGGUCCGAAACAGCUCCGGAUGUUCUUGCAAAUGCCAAGGUGGCCUAUAGAGCGUGUAAGACCAAAAUCUAUGUAACAACAAGUGUAUCAUUAAUUGAGUUCUAUAUCUCC